AUGACUCAGGCACUGUUGCUGCUCUUCUACCUCAAAACCCAAAGAAAUCCUCCUGCAGAACCAUUCCAAGGACCCCAGGUGACUCUGGGAUCAUGCAUUACCCUGGAUGUCCUGAGAGCUGUAGAGCUGAAGUACUGCAAUAGCAAUGGCAGUGUCAAUUUCCCGACUCAGCAGAUUCCCAGCGGCAUCUUCAAUCACACUCAAGUCAUCAUCGGUGGCCACUCCCAAAUUGUGACCAUCAACAGGCAAUGGCGUGUGGCUGUCAUUGAGCAAAGGAACAUCAGCGGGUCCUGGAAAACCAUCUGGAACUACAACACGGGUGUCAUUGCAACCAAAGUCACUCAGCAGAACGCCUGCUACAUUUCCAUCAUGAACAGAAAUGAGAUGCCCCGCUUUGAUAACCUGGCCCGCCUGGCACAAGAGAGCAGGAACCUGAUUGGUGUUUUUGGAAGACACACCAAGAGGAUCACCUUUGUCACCAAUGGACUGGUCAACAACCUCUACUCCUAUGGAACAGAGAUUGCGGCUAUGUGCAGCGGAGUCACCACCUACAUGGCUACCGAAGUUACCACUUUCCAAGGACCCCAGGUGACUCUGGGAUCAUGCAUUACCCUGGAUGUCCUGAGAGUUGUAGAGCUGAAGUACUGCAAUAGCAAUGGCAAUUGGAAUGGCAACUGGAACAACCAGUGGAACGGCAACUGGAACAACCAGUGGAACAACCAGUGGAAUGGCAACUGGAACAACCAGUGGAACCACAACUGGAACAACCAGUGGAACAACAACUGGAAUGGCAACUGGAACAACAACGGGAACAACCAGUGGAAUGGCAACUGGAACAACGAGUGGAACAACCAGUGGAAUGGCAACUGGAACAACAACUGGAAUGGCAAUGGCAUCUGGAACGACAAUUGGAAUGGCAUCGGCAACAACAAUUGGAACAACAACUGGAAUGGCAAUUGGAACGGCAACUGGAAUGGCAAUUUCCCGUCUCAGCAGAUUCCCAGCGGCAUCUUCAACAACACUCAAGUCAUCAUCGGUGGCCACUCCCAAAUUGUGACCAUCAACAGGCAAUGGCGUGUGGCUGUCAUUGAGCAAAGGAGCUUCAGCGGGUCCUGGAAAACCAUCUGGAACUACAACACGGGUGUCAUUGCAACCAAAGUCAUGCAACAGAACGCCUGCUACAUUUCCAUCAUGAACAGAAAUGAGAUGCCCCGCUUUGAUAACCUGGCCCACCUGGCACAAGAGAGCAGGAACCUGAUUGGUGGUUUUGGAAGACCUACCAAGAGGAUCACCUUUGUCACCAAUGGAUUGGUCAGCAACCUCAACUCCUAUGGAAUAGACAUCACGGCUAUGUGCAGCGGAGUCACCACCUACAUGGCCUACGAAGUUACCACAUUCCAAGGACCCCAGGUGACUCUGGGAUCAUGCAUUACCCUGGAUGUCCUGAGAGCUGUAGAGCUGAAGUACUGCAAUAGCAAUGGCAGCGUCAAUUUCCCGACUCAGCAGAUUCCCAGCGGCAUCUUCAAUCACACUCAAGUCAUCAUCGGUGGCCACUCCCAAAUUGUGACCAUCAACAGGCAAUGGCGCGUGGCCGUCAUUGAGCAAAGGAACAUCAGCGGGUCCUGGAAAACCAUCUGGAACUACAACACGGGUGUCAUUGCAACCAAAGUCACUCAGCAGAACGCCUGCUACAUUUCCAUCAUGAACAGAAAUGAGAUGCCCCGCUUUGAUAACCUGGCCCGCCUGGCACAAGAGAGCAGGAACCUGAUUGGUGUUUUUGGAAGACACACCAAGAGGAUCACCUUUGUCACCAAUGGACUGGUCAACAACCUCUACUCCUAUGGAACAGAGAUUGCGGCUAUGUGCAGCGGAGUCACCACCUACAUGGCCUACGAAGUUACCACUUUCCAAGGACCCCAGGUGACUCUGGGAUCAUGCAUUACCCUGGAUGUCCUGAGAGUUGUAGAGCUGAAGUACUGCAAUAGCAAUGGCAAUUGGAAUGGCAACUGGAACAACCAGUGGAACGGCAACUGGAACAACCAGUGGAACGGCAACUGGGACAACCAGUGGAACCACAACUGGAACAACCAGUGGAACCACAACUGGAACAAUCAGUGGAACGGCAACUGGAACAACCAGUGGAAUGGCAAUUGGAAUGGCAAUGGGAACAACAAUUGGAACAACAAUUGGAAUGGCAUUGGCAAUGGCCAGUGGAACAACAAUUGGAAUGGCAUUGGCAAUGGCCAGUGGAACAACAAUUGGAAUGGCAAUGGCCAGUGGAACAACAAUUGGAAUGGCAAUGGCAACAACAACUGGAACCACAAUUGGAAUGGCAAUGGAAACUGGAACAACAAUUGGAAUGGCAAUGGCCCGUGGAACGACAAUUGGAAUGGCAUCGGCAACAACAACUGGAACAACAAUUGGAAUGGCAAUGGCAACUGGAACGGCAACUGGAAUGGCAAUUUCCCGUCUCAGCAGAUUCCCAGCGGCAUCUUCAACAACACUCAAGUCAUCAUCGGUGGCCACUCCCAAAUUGUGACCAUCAACAGGCAAUGGCGUGUGGCUGUCAUUGAGCAAAGGAGCUUCAGCGGGUCCUGGAAAACCAUCUGGAACUACAACACGGGUGUCAUUGCAACCAAAGUCAUGCAACAGAACGCCUGCUACAUUUCCAUCAUGAACAGAAAUGAGAUGCCCCGCUUUGAUAACCUGGCCCACCUGGCACAAGAGAGCAGGAACCUGAUUGGUGGUUUUGGAAGACACACCAAGAGGAUCACCUUUGUCACCAAUGGAUUGGUCAGCAACCUCAACUCCUAUGGAAUAGACAUCACGGCUAUGUGCAGCGGAGUCACCACCUACAUGGCCUACGAAGUUACCACUUUCCAAGGACCCCAGGUGACUCUGGGAUCAUGCAUUACCCUGGAUGUCCUGAGAGCUGUAGAGCUGAAGUACUGCAAUAGCAAUGGCAGCGUCAAUUUCCCGACUCAGCAGAUUCCCAGCGGCAUCUUCAACAACACUCAAGUCAUCAUCGGUGGCCACUCCCAAAUUGUGACCAUCAACAGGCAAUGGCGUGUGGCCGUCAUUGAGCAAAGGAACAUCAGCGGGUCCUGGAAAACCAUCUGGAACUACAACACGGGUGUCAUUGCAACCAAAAUCACGCAACAGAAUGCCUGCUACAUUUCCAUCAUGAACAGAAGUGAGAUGCCCCGCUUUGAUAACCUGGCCCGCCUGGCACAAGAGAGCAGGAACCUGAUUGGUGUUUUUGGAAGACACACCAAGAGGAUCACCUUUGUCACCAAUGGACUGGUCAACAACCUCUACUCCUAUGGAACAGAGAUUGCGGCUAUGUGCAGCGGAGUCACCACCUACAUGGCUACCGAAGUUACCACUUUCCAAGGACCCCAGGUGACUCUGGGAUCAUGCAUUACCCUGGAUGUCCUGAGAGUUGUAGAGCUGAAGUACUGCAAUAGCAAUGGCAAUUGGAAUGGCAACUGGAACAACCAGUGGAACGGCAACUGGAACAACCAGUGGAACAACCAGUGGAAUGGCAACUGGAACAACCAGUGGAACAACCAGUGGAAUGGCAACGGGAACAACCAAUGGAACAACAAUUGGAAUGGCAACUGGAACAACAAUUGGAACAACAAUUGGAAUGGCAAUGGCAUCUGGAAUGACAAUUGGAAUGGCAUUGGCAACAAGAACUGGAACAACAAUUGGAAUGGCAAUGGCAUCUGGAACGACAAUUGGAAUGGCAUCGGCAACAACAACUGGAACCAGAACUGGAACAACAGUUGGAAUGGCAAUGGCAGCUGGAAUGGCAUUUGGAAUGGCAACGGCAAUGGCAACUGGAAUGGCAACUGGAACGGCAACUGGAACGGCAACUGGAAUGGGAAUUUCCCGUCAGAUAACAACCAACAAAUCAUCACUGAUGGAGGUUCCCACAUCUCCAUCUCUGGUGGGGACUCUCAUAUCUCCAUCUCUGGUGUCUCACAAAGCAUAAGCAUCAAUAGCCAAACACAGAAGGCAAUUAUGGAGCAAAAGAGCAACCAUUUGUCCUGGAAAACCAUCUGGAACUACAACACGGGUAUCAUUGCAACAAAAGUUAUGCCAGAGAGAACAUGCUACAUUUCCACCAUGAACAGGAGUGAGAUGCCUACCUUUGCUGCACUUGUCAGAGUGGCUGCAGAGAGGAGGAACCUGAUUGGCGGUUUUGGAAGACCUAGCAAGGAGAUCACCUUUGCCACCAGUGGAUUGGUCAGCAACCUCAGUUCUUAUGGAGCAGAUGUCUUUGCUAUGUGCAGUGGACUGACCACCUACAUGACUUAUGAAGUUCACGUACCCCAAUACAAUCAACCAUCAUGCACUGCACUUAACGUCUUGAGACUCGUGGAGCUGAAGUACUGCAGUGGCAACGGACAGUUCGGAAAAUCUUACCUUUCUUGA